ACAUAGAUCUCGAAAGUUAAACUUAUCCAACAAUAAUAAAUAUAAUGGAGAAUAUUACCAUUACUUGAGGGGUGGUGAUCAAAAAUAUUUCCAGAGUGCAAUUAGCAUUUCUCACCCAGUAUUAUUAUCCUUCUAAAUUUGAAAACCCGAACACCAGCGCGAAAUUUGAAGCCAAACCCCACCAUCGCUCCAAAAAAACAAAAAAAACCACUCACUCUCUCCCUCCCUCUCUCCCUCCCUCCCUCCCUCAGAUUUUCUCGAACUCCGUCCCGGAAACGCCCUCUGAGGUUAUAAUUUACAAUAUUUCAAAUUUCGGUAGUCUCAAAGCCAUUCUUUCAAAAAUUUCUCCUCGCUGUAGAUUUUUUGUUUGGUUGUCGAGAAAGCGCUGGAAAAUAAGAGAAAGUGGGAGAGGAGGAAGCUCUGGUACUUGGCUCUGACGUAGUAACGCGAAAGACUCCUAAUCCGGCGAGGGUCCUAGAGUGUUUCUUAUUCCACGCAUGCAUCUGAUUUGCUACUUGUUAUUUCGAACGUUGGGAUGUGUCUGUAAUACCAAUUACUCCAUCAGUAAUCCCAACUUUAAAGGAUUAAUCUUGUAGAACCACGAAUUGGGUCUUUUUUGCUGCAUUUCAAGAUGAAGAGACGUGCACUUGUUAAAGGGAGGGGACCUGCGAGGAUCACUACACAACAGGGGGUUUUCGAGUUAAAACACAAGGUGGUGAUUGCAAUGAACAAGCUUGCUGAUCGGGAUACUUACCAAUUAGGCGUCGAGGAACUUGAGCAAAUGGCUGAGUGCUUGACCCCAGAUGGGUUUGCUCCGUUUCUGUCUUGUAUUUUGGAUAUGGAUUCAGAACAAAAGAGUGCAGUCCGAAAGGAGUGUAUUAGACUAAUUGGUAUAUUAGUUAGAUAUCAUGAGGGGUUUGUUGGAAUGCAUCUUGAGAUGGUUGCCAGCAUUGUUAAGCGGCUCAGGGAUCCAGAUUCCGUUGUGAGAGAUGCAUGCGUGGAGACUGUUGGUGUUUUAGCAUCAAAACUCAGUAAUGAUGUGGGUGAGGGUGAUGGGGUCUUUGUUGUUUUAGUCACACUUUUUGAAGCUCUGUGUGAACAAAACAGGCAGGUGCAGUCGGGUUCAGCAUUGUGCUUAGCCAGUGCCAUUGACAAUACUCAUGAUCCUCCAGUUUCAAUUCUGCAGCCCAUGUUGAAUCGAACAAUAAAGUUGCAAAAUCCGCAUUUCAUGGCAAAGCCAGCAAUCUUUGAGUUAAACGGAAGCAUUAUUCAGGCAGGGGGUGCUCCAACGCAAAAUGUUCUCUCUUCUGAAAUGAUUAGCAUUCAAGAAUCUUUAGAGAGUAGUGACUGGACAACACUCAAAGCUGCUUGCAUAGCACUAGGGGAAAUAGCUUCAAGUGGUGGAUCCUUCAUGGGCUCUUUUAAGGCUUCCUGCGUUCGUUCGCUUGAAUCAUGUCGCUUUGACAAGUUCAGUGUGAAACCAGUUAGGGACACGGUCCUUCAGGCCCUGCAGUGCUGGAAAAGUCUUCCAGGACCUGAUGCUUCUGAACCUUCAGAAGCUGGAUCUUCUAUAAAAGAAAAUUUCUUUGGCGGUGACUACAGUGAUAUUACUAGUGCCAGGGAAUCUGGAUGGAAGGAUCUCGCACUCAAGAAAGUUAUUACUGGCUUAACUAAGAGCAGAGCCCCUUUGUCUAUUAAAAAGACAUGUCCAAGUUUUGGCAAAAGUCAUAAACGCUCCAAUGAAGAUGAUUGGCAUUUUGAAGUUGCAGUUCCGAAAACCCACAAUGCUUCUUUGCCAGAAUUUCAGAAUGAAGAAUCUGAAGGUAGCUCUAUUACAAAGACUUUAGAACGGACACACACAGAUGUUACAAGCACACAGGACAUUGGAUAUGAAUAUGUGCCUAUGGAUGAAAAAGAACAGUGUUCUUCUGGGUCAAAUCUUGUUAGUGAUGACUUAGAGGGGAAGUUUGUGACUCAUAGCCGUGUCAAGGGUAGUUCGCAGAAGCCAGUGGGAAGAAAUCAGCGGUUUGCAGCUGAAGAGAUUGGUAGUGAGAAACAGAUGUACUCUGAAAGGAUACACCACCGUAGAAGUCUGGAUUCAACUGUGACAGAAUCUAGUUCCCAUACUCCACAUGGAUGUUGUUUGCAAAUGGCCAAUGAAGUGGUUUGCAUUAGAAAACAACUUGUGGAGAUUGAAACCAAACAGUCAAACUUAAUGGAUCUUCUACAGGUGUUGACAUCUGGCAUACUGGAUAGCUUGUCUGUGUUUCAAACAAGGGUGGUGGGUCUAGAGGAUGUUGUAAACCGAUUAGCUCAGUACUUUGAACACAGGAGGGAGCAUUCAAAUUUAGCAGCCUCCAAACUCAUGAAACAGAGACAGAAUUUGCGUUCUCCAAGGCUCUCCACAAGCAUUCCGAGGCCAUCUAUAGAUAUGACCAGCCGGCAGCCUUCAAUGUUGUCAGUGAAACAUUCUGAUACUUGGGAGGCAAACACAAUUGGCAGGAGCCGAACAAACAAUUCUGCAGGACACUGUACAGAAACAUGGAGUAAUAAUAGGGGGAAGCUUACCCGGAAUCCUAUUGGGAAAGACAUUCGGAAAAUUCCUGGGCAGGGAACACAGAGGAUAAGUAAUGGUCCAACAAGGGCGGAUGCUAUGUUUUCUUCAGCUUCUAAUGCCAAAGUUAGACAAAAUGUUGUAGAUAGUAAGAAUAACCUCUGGAAACAAGUGAAAGGUUUUCUAUGUGAAGGGGACCUCGACUCUGCAUAUGUGGAAGCUCUUUGUUCUGGUGAUGAAAUUGUUCUGGUUGAGCUUCUUGAAGGAACCGGUCCAGUUCUGGAGUGCUUGUUGCCUAAAACUGCGAGGGAUGUUCUUAGCACUUUAGCUUCAUAUCUCCUAGAACAAAGGUUUAUCAACAUCAUAAUUCCUUGGUUGCAGCAGAUUGCUGACUUGAGCACCAAGCGUGUACCAAACUACCUCGGCCUGCCAGCGAAAGCAAAACAAGAAUUCUUGUUUUCCAUGGAGGAAUCUCUGAAUAUGGAAUUUUCCAAUCCUUCAGAGAGAAGAUCUGUUACUCAGUUAGCUGUGAAGUUACACCAUUUAUGGGGCUCGUGACAGUCAGUUAUUAAACCAAGGCUAUGCUGUGUUAUGGAACUUGCAGACUCCGAUUGGUAACUUGUUUUAGAAAUUUUAAGUGGUGUUUGUACAAUUUUAGGUGGUUUGGACAUGUGAAACGAAGACCUACAAACUCUCUUGUUAGAAGAUGUGAUAACGAGACAGGACGCAGGGCCAAGGAGGUAGAGGAAGGCUUAGGAAGACUUGUAUCUAACGGAAGACAUGACACAAAACCGAGCGCAGUGGCGUUCUAGGAUUUAUAUAGCCGACCCCACUUAGUGGGAUAAAGCUUUGUUGUAGUUUGUACAAUUUUAGCCAGACGAGGGUUGAUAGUCGGGUUAUUUAGAAUGUUUUCCUGGAUUAGAAUUUCCUUUCCUGUAGUAGGUAGUUUAACGUGCACAUCCAUCUCUCCGUCGUGUCACGAAAACCGGGAGCGUUUGUGUUGUCAGCAACAUUGAAGCCCUAAUACUCAUAAACUAUG